AUGAAACUGAAGAACAGUGAAGUGAAAAAAUCAAAGGGAUACUUGCCAGUAGUGUGUAAUACUUACAAAGAUUUUGCGGAAAAUACCAGCAUACAUGGAUUGAAAUACACAGUUAAAAAUGAAAUUGAUACUUGGGAAAGGAAUUUACAAGAAUCUGAAAAAUUGAGUUUGAAAAAAGGUUUGCCACAACUCCUAGCCUUCACGAGUCCUCACAGUAUCAGUUACAACAUGACAGAACUAGAAGAAGUUCAAGAAAUUUUAGAGAGAAACGAAUAUACUAACAUUUCAAUUUUAAUGGAGAAGCUUAACCAGAAUUGCGACGACAUGUUGGUGAUUAUCCAUGAUCCUGAAGAAUUUCCUGGCUCACAGUCUACCACAAAAAUAGUCUCAGUCGGAAAAUUGUCUUACCUUCAGUUACAAGGAACGAAGAUGAUUUGCAGCGAUGACGUCAAGAAUCUUCCGAUCAAUCAAAGGCACUGCUUGAUGGAAGACGAAUUUGAACUGAAGUAUCUCGGGGACAGAUACAGCGAUGCUAAUUGUUUAACAGAAUGUGUAGCCUCCAAUUAUGCCCAAAAGUGCGGAUGUGUUCCAUUUUAUUUAUCAUUUUCGGUCUCUGAUCUUGGAAACAAAAAUGUAAUAUUGCACCAGCAAACUUGCAGAUAUUUGGACAAAACUAUCAAAUUAGCGAAACAACCCGCUUUCUUUGUGGAAUUUGGGGCGACCGUCGCUGAGCGGAAAAGUCUGAAAACGGCGGCGCAGAACGGCGGGGCGUCUCGGCGCAAACGGCCUUCCCGGAUCCAGUGGGAAAUCGUGGCCCGCUCUGGAAACCUCGACGCCGGUUGUCGAUUGUUCGAUUUGAAAAUAUCGCGCGAGUGCGUAGACGGGAUUUCGUGGCGCGGAGAGUACUUUUCGUCGGUGCGAACCAUUUACUACUGUACAGAGUGGAAUUGUGAGGUGAAAUUUUGUUAG